AUGGCCGCAAAGGCAGUCGUCCGUUUCGGUCCUCACCUUAAAGAAUUACGGCUACACUUAUGCAACAGCUCGGCGUCCAGCAAAGGCUUGCGCGAGUUCAUUUCCAAAUAUUACGUUGAUAUUAAAAAGAACAAUCCGGAUCUCCCGAUACUCGUUCGUGAGUGUGACGGUAUCUCGCCGAAGAUUUGGGCGAGAUUCGAAUAUGGCAAAGAAAAGAGCAUGUCCGUAGCGGAUGUGAAUUCUGAGCAGAUUUUUGACAUGGUUUUACUUUCCAGUACCUCGCAGAAUAUUUCUGUCAUGGCGAAUAGCGCUGCGGCUCAUACGCUUCGUUUCUGUGCGCAUCUUAUGGAGAUGCGAAUCUACUAUUGCCCCGAGUCAUACAGCAGUCGCGGCGUGCGCGGCUUCAUCGAGCAAUUCCUGCCAACGAUUCGAGCGCACAACGUGGGCUUUCCACUCAAGGUCAUUCCAUACAGAAACAUCGAGCCUUGGAUGCUAGGACUUUUUAUGUACGAGCGUAAGAAGAAGCAGCGACUGUCGAACAAGAACAGCAACCAGGUCCUGUGCUGCGUCGAGGAAAUGGCCAACAACACGUUCAUGCCUGGUUGUCGUGGUUCCGUUAUUGACAGAAAAACCAGGGGGCUGACAUUACUGCCGACCGAACAAAAACGGAGGGACCCCUUCAAAGUUAUCUCUAAAUUGCAGUAG